UUUAAUGCCGCGAGAUUAUGAGGAGAAUUACAUAAUGCAACCGGCUUGUGAUCUUGGGCUGGAGUAUUUUAUUUUUCAAGCCGCAAAAAUAAUGAAGAAACCACAAACAUGAAUAAUGUCAAUUUCAAAAGCGAAGAGGAGGUGAAGGGGUAUCUGGAGAACCUGGAAACAGAGUAUAGUUACCAGUGCUAUCGCGAGAAAUCCGGUGAAGGUUGCUACAGGCUUGGUGAGUUCUUCGCUGGCAUUAAGGGCGACUUAGGCAAGGCAGCCUCAGCCUAUCAGGCAAGCUGUGACAAGUACGAUCACUUUGUGUCCUGCAACAAGCUGGGAGCGUUGCAUUUGUACGGCAAAGGUCUUGACAAGGACAGGAAAAAGGCAGUGGACUACUUUGUCAAGAGCUGCGAGGGUGGGUACAUGACAGGGUGCUACGGAGCUGGUGUGGCCCUGAGCGGAGGGGAGACCAAAGACCCGCCCCGGGCGGCCGCCUACCUGCAGCGGGCCUGCGACAGCGACCACCAGGAGAGCUGUUUCCAGCUGGGCAGCAUCUACCUGCAGGGGCUGGAAGCGGUAGAGAAGGACAUGGCCAAGGCUUUCCGCUACACGCUCAGAAGCUGCCAGCUAGGCCACAUGUACGGCUGCGCCAACGUCAGCCGCAUGUACAAGAUGGGAGACGGGACGGAGAAGGAUCAGAAACUUGCCGACGAGUUCAGAGCAAAGGCCAGAGAGCUGCACAGACAGGCCAAGGAGAAGGCCGCCCAGCUGACAUUUGGAGAAACGGGCGGCAAAUGACGAUGCAGUGAGUUUUGAGUCCACGCCGGUUGUUGUUGAAAAAGAACCAGCACGGCUGUCGUUUUGCAGAAACGGGUAAAAACUUGUACGUUCGUGUAGUUGAUGUAGGAGUCGGGAGCAGUAGUGUCUCAAGAAAUGGGCCAAGAUUAUAAUGGAUUGACUUGGUCUAGUCAGUAUUGCCUGAUGUAGAUGAAUUCAUCCUUGUGCUUUCUAUAAAACCUUAAAAUGUGGACAAUUUGUGUUACCUCUGCCGUAACCCGUAACCUUUGUUUUGUAACUGAUAAUGAUUUUUAGUUCGUUAAAAACUGUAGUUCAGUUCAUCCACUUCUUCCCACUUUUAGACCUAUUACCAAGUACAUGCACAUUGACGGACUGUGCACUGUUAUCAAAGCAGUACUGAAAGGGAAAAUAGUGGGCCCAAUAAUACAGGUGAAAGUCAAGGUGCGAAAAUAGAAUAUGGAUAGGGAAGGCGGGAGGGUGGACCGUACAACAGAAACAUGUGCCGUUU